CUAUAUCUAAUCGAGUGCAUUUUUAAAGUUACAUGAAAAUAUGUUUGGCUACAUUUUUCCAGCGGCACAAAUCCUAAUGAAUUUGAACCUGGUACUCGCUCGGUAUAUUAUGACAGACUGACAUGCAACGCUGACAGCAUUUGUAAUAAAUCGUCGUGAUACAUACAACUGUAUCAUGUAUGUAUUUAUGUAAACAUAUGAAUGGCAUUUCGGUACAGGCGAAUAAAAGAAAAGGUUCUGUCUAGGGACGACGAAUACUAUUUUCUAAAAAAAAAUAUGUGGCACAGUAAGUUUCAUCUGUUAUAAGCUUUGGAUAGCUGUUAUAAGUUUAAGUUUUGAAAUUACAUAAGCUUUAUUAGAUUAGGAAACUCUUGUUGUAAUAAUCUAUUGUAGUAGCAAGUGUUUUAAUUUAGUAUUUUGGGAGAUAAAUAUCUUUCAUUAAAAAAAUAUUUUAAUAAAAUAUAUUUUUUAAGUGUUCACUAUGACUACCAUUAUUUACCUCUCUCAGCAAGAGGUUUCAUGCAUAGGUUACUUAAAAGAAUCAGUAGAUACUACUAACAUAGGAUACGUUUCAAAAGUUUCAGGAAAAUAAAUGAAAAUUUAUGGAUGACUUAAAAUGGUUUCAGAUAAAUUAAGAUCGAUCCUAUUUCCUAAAAUAAGGAUCUAUUUUUUGUAGGUACUGACCCAAAUUAGUAAGGUAACCCUAAAACUAUGCCUAUUACAGACUUAUUAACAAUAAAAAAUAUUUACGCACACAGUCAAUGUUCAUGUUUCGAGUGUAUAAUGAACCAGUCAUUAUGAAACGGGUCACACCAGUUCCUCACUGCGAUACACUUAUAAAAGGAUUGUGAAUAUUGACAGGCAAACAUUCGACAUAUCACCAUCAAACAAAAUGAGUCGACUUCUAAUGGUUAGUGAUAUUUAAAAAUAUUAAUUUAAAUAAUUUUGUGCAUUAUUGGAGAAUCCGGUGUCAAGCAUUGUAAUGGGUCGCCUAGUGUUUAUCACUCACAUUGGCGACAUGAUUGCUUCAUAAAGAAGAUUGGAUGUUCUUUGCUGUUUAAAGUUUGCCUGUGGAGUGUGAACUUAUUUGUGAUAUCGUGCCUCAUUUCAGAUUGCGUGCACACUCGCUGUAGCUAUUGCUACUGUCUCCGCUGGCGCAAUAAACAUAGUUCCAGUCAUUGAUAAAGUCGUAAGCAUCCGUUUUGUAAAUCUACGAAUAGGUACGAUUUAAGAUGAAUAAAUAUAAAAGAAAAACUUUUCUUUCUCAACAGGACCAUUCCCGAUACGCGUUUAACUACGCAGUCAGCGAUCCGUUAACAAAAGACAACAAGGCGCAAUGGGAGACGAGAAACGGUGACGUGGUGAAGGGAUCGUACUCGCUGGUCGAGCCUGACGGGUCCCUGCGCGUAGUGGACUACGCCGCGGACGGUCUCACCGGCUUCAACGCAGUUGUAAAGAAGAUCGGACCAGGAGUACAUCCUCCGGCUAUCCACGCUCCAGUGAUUCACGCACCAGCAAUCCACGCACCAGUUUUAAAAGCCGCUGCUCCUUACACGAUACUUGGACCAGUGAACUACGGCUUCGGAGCAGCGCCGAUCCUUGCUAACCUACCCAAACUCACAUCGUACGGACAGUGGAGCCUUCCCUGGGACCCCUUCACCCAUUCGUACGGAGGUUGGGUACCGUUAGCAGGCCCCUUGAUUGACAAACCCUACGUGACUAUUUUCAGCACGAAGCACGUUAACGGCAAUGUCCAUAAGUGGACAACUGGUCCUAUACCGCUGUAUGGUAGAACAUUAGUCUUAAAGAAAAAGCACUGAGUUAUAGUCAAAUUAUGUAAAGUAGGUGAAAAUGGAUAGAUGUAAAUUUGUAUUGCAUCGAAACAUAAUAAUUUUUUCGCAUCGACCAAAGAGUAAUGUUCUUGUUACUCAAGAAAUAUGAGUAUUAACCGUCUUCUUUGUAUUGGGUAUUGAUUUUAUAAUCGCCGAAGAAGGCCACCGACUAGUCUAUAAAGAUUUGUAAAUACAGCUGUACUAAGACAAUAUAUUGUAAAAAAUAUAUACAAGCAUUUAAACAUU